GUGGCCCCAGCUGCUGACUGUGCCUGUGGGUGCUCGGGUGGUGCUGGAGUGUCAGGUGUCAGGGCACCCUUUACCCUCCAUCAGCUGGAUCAAGAGAGGCCACUCCAAGCAGACUGGAGGCAAGAUUGCUCUGGGACUUAGAAAUGCUACUCUCCACAUCCAGUCAGCCAGGAGCUACGAUGAAGGAGUGUAUGUGUGCGAGGCCUCAAACACACUGGGCCACAGCCGCAGCACAGCAAUGCUGAGAGUUGCUGUGAGCCCCAUCAUAGUGACCUCUGUAGGUCAGGUGAGCUGCAGGAUCGGGGCUUCAGCAGUCCUGCCCUGCAGGGCUGUCGGGAUUCUACCCAUCACAUAUACCUGGACCAGAGCCAGAGCAGAGACACAGUCUGCCAUCAGUCCCAGUGAAGACAGACACAUUGAUGAGGAUGGAGCUCUGCACAUUUCAACUGUGCAGUGGUCUGAUCGAGGAGAAUAUUACUGUACUGCUGAGAACCGAGCAGGACGACAUCAGAGACAAACCAUCCUCAUUGUCACAGCUGAAGAUCACCCAGCUGGUAGAGGCAAGCAGAGAAGACUGGUUCUGUCUGCUAGCAUCAACACUAGCAAAGAACUGCCAGUUUCUCAACCGAGCAACUCUCAAUCUAUGGCUGCGCAACAUCUCAAGACAACACAUCAUCCACAUGUACAGGCACAGCAUAAGGAGGCCACAUGCUCCUCAUCAAACUGUGAUGCUACAACAAAUGGACCUGCCAUAUUUUCUGCAUUUUCAAGUGGAGCAGUGGCUGAGCUAAAGAUGUCACCAGGGUCACUUGGCCGUCUGUCACAACACCAACUCAUUCAGCCGACAACCAAUCCAAAUCACCCGUUAGUCACACAGAUGCAGCCUCCUUUGUUGCCACCUCCUCCACAUCCAAACUUCCAGUCAGUUGACCACCACACCCAACAGCCAGUGACUAGUUCUCCACUUUUAAUUUCAGAUAGCGAAUCACCUACAACACAGAGCCAGUCAUCGGUAGUCACCAGUGAAGUUUUGGGUUCAUCAAUUCAGUAUCUACUCACUGAAAGUCAAACUCAUUUGACUUUAACAUCAUCACAUCCACAAUUUCAGCAUCAAAUCAGGGACGAAUUGUUGACUGCACCAGACUCUAACAUCCGUGCUGUGUCUCUAGCUAGUCAAACCUUAGAGCCUGUCACUGAGAUGCCCAUGACUCAACCAUCGUCAGAGCUUCCAGUGGGUGGACAGUUUGGCCCUCUCAAGUUGGAUUCGUAUUCGCCAACUCCAACACAGAGUCCUGUGAGCCAAACUAUGACAAGCCACUCCACUGGUUCAGUGACCCAGUUGCACUUUUCUCAAACCCAGUCUCGCCACCUGGCCACAAAAAGUCAGUUUUACCAAUCCUACCAUGAGCCAACCUUCACUCAGAUUUCUCAAAUCAAGCUGGAAAACCCAAGUCAUUCUCUACAGCCCUCACCAGCUCUCUCACAAAUGCCUCAAACUCAUCCUCAACAAUCCUUUACUUUCAAGUUCAUACCCAAGUUCCAUCUUGAACCAUCAACAAUCCAGUAUCACCUGCCCUCCACACAACAUCCACCUUCUUCAAUCACCACACCUCAGCCAUCCCACGUUCACGGUCAGCCUUCAUCAACUAAACCAACUUUAGGCAUUUCUACGCUUCUUCAAACCCAACCUCAAUCAUCUCCAACACGACAGCCACAGCCCUCAGUCUCAACCAUCCACCCUCAUGGUCAGACCUCUAAUCCUUCAACGUUAGCCCCUGAAAUUCCCACCAUGCAUCAGGUAAACUUGUCUGAUCAGGUACAACUAAAUGUUACCCAGCAAGCUGACCCAGUUCAGUCAGCAAAAUCCACCAAUGACACUGAGCUUAUAGAGUGGCUGAAGAAGAACACUUCCCAAUCACCCAUGACCAGUAAUUAUCCCAGAGUGACGCAGCAGUCUCCAUCAUGGCUGCCCGUGCUGGAGAAACAUGACAUCCCGAUUGUGGUGGGAGUGGGUGUAUCUUUGGCUUUCAUCUUCAUCACUGUUACCUUCUACUCAGUGGUCCAGAAGAAUGAACCUGCACCAACAAGCCGAGCAGCUCAGAGGAAUCUGGGUGUACCCAUACGACACGCAGAACGACGUGCUGCAGGACGUACAUAUGAAAACAGAGCUUUUGAAGACGAUGACUGUGUGGCAGUGAUUGAGCAGAGCCCAAACACGUCAGACACCCGAGCCAGACCUCCAGGACCCAGCCUGGUCACGGUGCAGAUGGAGCCCGCUUUUGAGGAUCUUCAAGAAGAGACACAACCCGCUCUGGACAACCACUCAGUCACUGUAGAGACUUAUCCUGAGCCCAUUCUUGACACAAAGAUUGAUCCCUCUCUGGAGGAGGAGAAGGGCUGCAGUUUAUCCCAGCCUAGCAUCCAGCUGCAGUGUGCUGAGGACUGGACCAGUGACAGAGGAGACAACCACAGCCCCUGCCAGGAUGCUUUGCCCCCUCCGUCAUCCUUACCCUCCUGUUCACCUUCCCCCUCUCCACCCUCCAGACGUGAGGAGGGCCUGCGCUCCUCAUUAACCCUGCAAAGUGCUGAGCAGUGUGUAGCACCAAUCCACCACAGCCUCAGCAUCUCUCAUGGCAACCCUCCCCUGUUCCUGUCUCACCAUGUCUCUCUGGGUCUCACUACAGUUGCUGUUGAUGUCCAUUUUUACCCAGCGGCCACGUCUUCGAUGGCAGUGGGCACUAGCACUCACAUCAAUUCAGUCUCCAAUUCCACUUCAGUGGCUGCGCCUCUGUUCAGUCCUCCAUUGAUUAACAGUCGGGAUGACCAAUCGACUGCCAGAUUUCAUCAGUCUAAGUAGCUAAAACCAUCUCCAACUGUAACGAUAUCACAUGAUGAGAAGCACGAAUUGGUAAAAUGUGAGAAAUGUGGUUAUUUGCUGUCUUGAUGAGCAAUAAGACAAGUUAAAGCUCUUCAGCCUCAGUAAUGUGACAUAUUUCUGAGUAAUAUGAAAUGUAUGGAGGGAGAGGGGGAUAAACGUACUAAUUAGUGAGUUUUAGAGGGGCUGGUAUAGGCAGAUGUUUGAGCAUUGGCCUGAACCAAGGCUCGCUGUUUCCCCAUGCUUCCAGUGUCUGGGCUUCAGUGCAUACUUAAUGCACAGACAUGAGAGUGGUAUCAGUCUUAUCAUCAAACCCUCAGCAAGAUGACAAAUAAGAAUAUGUUGAAUUGUUCCUUUAAAAAAAACGCACAUUCUGUAUUAGCAUCCACAUCUUUUUGUUAAUGUGUAUUUCAUAGCUUUAGCACAGCACUUUCUGUAUUACUCCCUGUACUGGUUAGAUUAUUUAAUGUCAUGUUAAAUGUUUAACUGGCUACUUUUGAUACAACCACAGCUUUAUCAUGGAUAGUCUUGCUCUCUAUUGUUUUAAUUCUCUAUUUUAUUAAUGAAAUACAAAAGAGGAAAUAAGUUGUAUUAAUUUUAUCAUUACUUAUGUAAGAGACAUGUUUCACUCUGAUUAUAUUAUAUUAUAUUAACUGCUUGUAGGUUAGUUCAAGUAAAAAAGACUUAAAUGUGUUGUACAAUAGUGAUCUAUUUAGUGAAACAGCCAAGGAUACAUUACUUUGUCAGAAAAUAUUGCAAUUUCAGUGACACGACCUGUUUCAGUGACCUACUCACGCUCUUAUAUCUAAGCUACUUGACUGUUACACCUUUUUUGAAACCAAAGGAAGGUAAUGGGGGCUGUAUCAAUAAACAUUUAGAGAACACAACCAAAGUCCACGGUGACAUUUUUGUAUGUUCCUCACACAUGGCCCUGUGAUCCAAUAUAAAGCAUGUUGUUUACUGAAUAUGUGCUUUAUGAUAAAAAUGUUAGUUGCUGCACACCUUAUUAAAAAGCUCUAAGUACGUGCUCCAAACAUCAUCACUCCACAUGGAUUGUAUGCAUGCUUGUUUAGGUUGGAGAAUGUGUUAAGACCAUCUGUCAAACAUGCAUGCACAAACAAUGUACAGACUGGGGCAAAAACAUGCAGGCAGACUGAGUAAAGGAGUGGUAUUCUUCAGAGAGGAGGCAGUAGAAGAGCUGACAAAGAGGAAAGGAAGGUGAGCAGGUAUUCUGAAGGGUUGAUGGGAUGAUUAAAGGCAGGUGUGUGAUCACAAAGUAAUCAGGCUGCAGGGGAGAAGCAGGUGGGUUGGUCACAUGAGGACUGACAGGGUCUGGAAUGAGAAGAGAGAUGGUGGUGGCAAAACAUGAUCAAUGGGAAGAAAAAAUGAGUUUCAUGGAGUCCUAAAGUUUCUUGGCAGCUCAUGGUUGUUUUGAAAGUCAUCACAGUUCGUAGUUAACUUUCAGGAGACACUUUAGUGCUCAUCCCAGACAAAAAUGAAAGUAAUUUAAUGGUCUUGUUCGGUGACAAAAGAGGUUGAAGACUGCUAUCACUGUGCAGCCAUCAGAGAGACAAUCAAGCCUCAAUUCUUCCUGCCUAGAUCUAUCUAGUGUGUAAUUUUUAUGGAGUCAAUAGUUAUUAGUCACUGUUUGAAAAGUAAUAGGUCUUUUUCACGGGAGACAUUCUGACUUUUCAUGGUAGGAAAAUGCACAGGUGUUACUGAUGCCAUUAACAAAGGCUCAGUUUAAGUGUCCCACCAGGAUCCUGAAACUGAAGCAGCUCAUUAGAAUCACAUUGUCUCUGGAUAAAAAGGUCUAGAAACAAAGGCUGAGAAUCUUAUUUUUGUUGCCAUCUAGCAGCUGAAAUGUUCCCACCCUCAUAGUGAUGUACUGCUACCAUAGAUGGGAUAAAAUAUAUAAUAAUAUUUCAUAUGUAGUCUAGGCUGCUACAUCAAGG